AUGGAUACUGGUUCAGCGACUCCCGUGGUGAAUAGCUGUAGUGUUAAUCGACCUGAGUCAGUUUUGCAGUUAGCAAGAAAAUUUGCUGAAGCGAGUGCUGCUCAGGACAACCGAAUUUUUGCAACAAAUCGGAAAGUAAGAGAAGCUGGUAAAUCACGUAGUGGACCCACUACACCCAUCCAUCAACGUAUAACUUUUUCAACUCUUAUUUCCUUUCCUAUUUUUCUUAUUUCUGUUGUCAUAGAUUAUACAAACCACUAUGAAAGUUCUCCCUCGUCCUAA